GCAACCUGAUUAGUCUUGGCGACUCCACAGCAUUCAGGCACGAGCUGCUUGGAGGUGCACAGUGCACCCGCUUUUGCGGCUCGGCAUCUUUCCAUCCAGGCCUUCACCCAUCACACAGCCGCCCCAUGGCCGCCAUGGCCACCGAGGGCACCCCACCAUGGGCCGCCUCGCUCAUCGUGGCCAUGACGAACGUCGAGACCCGCAUGUCAUCGCUGGGUGAGGAGAUGCGAGGCGGCAUUACCUCGUUGCGUGAAGACGUCAAUGCCACAGCAGUUCGCAUGGACAUCCUAGAAGCACGUCUCGACGCCCUCGAGGAAGACACGGACUCCAGCAUGCGAGGUGCGACAGGGUUAUCACAACGUGCUGAUCGAGUCAUCAAGCCCGAGAACACGGUCGCGAACAUUGAGGAGUCGCUGAAGAAGCCGAUGAUGGCUUCCACACUCAGGCGCGCCGCGGAGCAGGUGCGCAACCAGGCCAUGCCCAUCGCAGACCACAACAAAUGCAUCGUCAAAGCAUUCGACGUGAAUCGCAAAGCUGUCUUUGAGUUCGGCAACGUUCUCACAGCCACGAAUUUCUUAUCUAAUUUCGAUCAGGGUACGACUUUCGUGAACCCUCGCGGCGGACAGCCGCUUCAUCUCAAACUUCGGCGCGAUCUUGAUUUGAAGAGCAGGCGCCUGUUCCUCGCCAUGGGCAAGCUCCGCAACAAGGCGGAGACGCUCUUGGCCAGCACGCAGCUCCAGGUUGGAUCGAACGGCCUCGGCGGCGACGUUUUCAUCCUCAGGUCGGCCGAAGACCCAGUGCGAAUCGCCCACCUCACGGCAAGUGACGUCAGCGAGGACACCCUCGUGGACCUGGAGGAGGCCGCUCUUCCUGAGUUUGGCCUUGAGGCUCACGCCGACGCACUGAUUCAGACGGCCAAGGACAUUAACAGCAAUAGUAUUCAGCGUUACUUUUAUCGUAAGCUUCGCUUCUCCCUGCCCGUCGCCCUCAAGGCUCCAUUCGAGACGGCGCGCUGCCAUCUGCAAGCUGGCCCGUUUGAGCCCCGCGCUGCUCGGGCACUCGUGGCAGUCGCGGCGCUGGGCGCUGCUGUCGCCCUGGCGCCGCUGGUUCGAGCGGCAGCCGAAGGCGCGGCAGCGGGGGGCGCUGCGAGGCACGGCAUCGCGGCCGCCGUGGUCGCCGCGGCGCGCGUCGGUGUUGAGCUGACUGGGGGCUGGAUUGCAGAUGGAGCUGGCGAUGAUGAGGACGCCGAGCUCGCCCUGCGGCUUCGGGCCAUCAGGCCAGCCCUGGCGCGCCGGAUCCGCGGCGAGAAGGCUUCGGGCGCCGAGCGGGCGACUCGGAACUUCGGGGCCCACGCCUUCCUCGGUGAAGGCGCCGAAGUCCUCGAGGCCGCGCUCGAGCGGCCGCAGGCCAGCCAGCGCCGUGGGCGGUCUGGCGCCCUCGCCCCAACGGAUCUGGGGGCUUUCAGCCGUCUUCCCCCUGAGGCGGGAUGGCGACCCAGCCUGGAGGCGGGGCGCCGCAGCAUGGCGCCGCUCACAGACGAGUGCGGCUACAACUGCAAUGCGAAGAACGACGAUGACGGACACCAGCAGCACGUGGAUGAACAGCAGCACGUGCAGCUGCACAGCCAGUACGAGAUCAAGUACGGCGUCAGCGACGAGGAGCCCGAGGGCUACGACAGCGAUGGCGGGCCCGAUGAGGUCAGGUUCGAGUCCAAGCCCGAGCUCGGCGAGUGCGCUGGCGACGGAGCGCAGGACGACGAUUCCAGGCACGUCGACGACGACGCCCUCGGCGACGCCUGCGCGGGCGAGGACGGUCUCGGCUCGGGCGUGGUGCAGGCGCCCUUCGGCACCAAGCACGACGAGCCGAGCGAUGUGCAGGACGAGGGCGAGUACGAGGAGUGCACGGACGCGAACCUGGGCGAUGGCGUUGGCGCGGCGUCGGGCCCCGCCAAACCAGCGUCGGUCAGGCGGCCGUUGAGGCGCGGCCGUCGGCCCACGCGGGAAAGACCGACGGCGUCGGCCGCCGCGCCGGCGAGCGCACGGGCACUCAAGGCGACGGAGGCAGCCGAGCCCGCCACGCGCGCAGCAUGGAGAAUGGUUGCGGGGCGGGGGAGGGCCGCGACCCGCGGCAUUGCCUUCGUCCUGGCGGAUCGUGCGCGGUCGGCGCCUGAGGCGGUUCCUCCACCCCUCGCCUCUGGCGCGCAGUGGCGGCAGUGGAGGCUCGAGGAGCUCGGGCGGGAUGGCGGCCCGAAGGCGCCCAGCGCCUGCCCGCCGACCAAGGCGGCGAAGGGGGUGAAGUGCGAGAGGGACUCGACCGACGAUGACGAGGCUGCAGGCGGUGAGCCUCUUGCCGGCGACCCGUCAGAGUACGUUGUCAAGCACGACGGGCGCGUGCAGCCAGGCGCUGCGCAGCCGGACCUCCAGGAGAAGGUCGGGAUCGGCUCCGCGGGCCCCACGAGGGACGUGCACUUCGAGGAGGAGUGCACGUGGGUGGACUCCCAGCGGGCCCAGGAGCAGGAGUCGGCGGCCCAGGACAAGGCUGCAUCGGAGCACGCUCUCGUCGAGACGCCGAUGCACGUUGGCGCCCGGGCGGUCUCCGAGCAGCAGUCCGACGUCAACCAGCAGCGCGACUCCGAGCAGCCCGAGGAGCAGCAGCAGUUCCCUUCGGAGCGGGCGGAGCUCGCGGCGCUGCGGUCCAAAUACAAUGGGCCGAUGGCCGGGGUUCGCGCCGCCUUGGGCGCCAAGCUGCGCGCAGCCCGCGAGGCGGGCCCCAGGAUCACGAAUGCCUGCGACGAGCUG